AUGGAGACUGACCCAGACUGGGCACCAUCCCUACAUCUUGGACACACAUCUGUUACACCGACAAACAUUGCACGCGCUGCAAGACGAAGUAGGCGUGAGCAGCUACAGAAAGAGAGAUGGCAAGCAGCAGAGAUGGGGGUUCGGCAGGAUGCAAAGAUUGAAGAGGUGCAGACCAAGGAGGAACCAUCUGAGCCUGAUGAAAUAAACAGUCACCAACCGAAUGGAGAGAGGACACCUGAUGCUGGAGAAGAAAGUGGUCAGCUACAGACUAAAGAGGGGACACAUGAAGCUGGAGAAGAUCAUCUAAUCACAGAGGCUGAGACGCACAACACCAGCCAGGAUGUGACACAGACUGAAUGUGACCUGUGUGUGCUCAGGCGUGCCGAGGUAAACCGUCUGUUGGAUGAAAACAGAGAGCUGCGGCGUGAACUUAAUGAGCGCAGGAUGUCUGACGAUUUCUUCGGAGAGGAUGAUGAAAAAGUAAAGUACUACACCGGUCUGCCAAAUCUGGGAACCUUUAUGGCAUUAUUCCGAUUUUUGAUGCCCCUCAUGCCCAGUCAAAAUAAAAUUCUCACUCCCUUUCAAAUGCUCCUCUUAACCUUCAUGCGCCUUCGAUUGGAUCUGCCUGCGCAACACCUAGCUCAUCUGUUUCGGGUUUCCCCAAAGACAGUGUACAGAACAUUCAAUGAAAUUGUGUCUUUUUUGUAUGCAAACUUGAGACGUUCGAUUGUAUGGCCAGAUAGAGACACUCUGCACACAAUUAUGCCUCACCAGUUUGUGGAGGCCUUUGGACACAGAGUGGUAGUGAUUAUUGACUGUUUAGAAAUGUUCACAGAGAAACCAUCAAAUCUGAAAGCACGUGCCCAAAUGUUUUCCAGCUACAAGCACCACCACACUUUGAAGUACUUAAUAGGUAUUACACCCAAGGGAGCCAUUUGUUUCUUAUCAAAAGGCUGGGGAGGUCGUACAAAUGACAAACAUAUAACCCUGAACAGUGGUUUUCUUGAUAAUUUGUUACCUGGGGACAUUGUCUUGGCUGACAGAGGUUUUGACAUACAGGAAUGUGUAGGCAUGUUGUGUGCAGAGGUCCAACUCCCAGAAUUUACAAACGGCAGCUGUCAGUUAGCAGCUAGAGAUGUGGAGGAAACAAGGAAAAUAGCACAUUUGAGAACCCAUGUUAAAAGGGUCACCGGAAAUGUUUGUCAGAAGUAUAAGAUUUUAACAGGAACCAUACCCAUAAAAAUGAUUCUUACAUGUGAAGGUGAAGAAGCCACAAUGUUGGAUAAGGUUGUCACUGUGUGCUGUGCCCUGACAAACCAUUGCCCAACAAUAGUUUAG